AUGAGGCUGUGCGUACAAAUUUACUCAGAAUCUCGUUGUGUACUUUGGUCGCUUUCGGUGCUCUCGUGAAACGCGAUAAAAUUUACGAGAUUUGGGAGGUGUAAUACAUUCGCCCUCUACAGGCUCCCUGUACAUCCAAGAUGGCGAUAUGACCGGAUCUGCCUCUAGCUCUGGCCAGACAUCCUGCAUUAACGUGACCAUAUUUAGUGAUUCUAUUUUUCGCGGAUUAGGAAAUAUUUUAUGCGACUUACAUGUGAAUUUAAAUUGGAAUGUUCAUGUUUUUCCUGGAGCAAAUAUUGACUCUCUUCGCCACCAUAUAAAACAUUUGCAAGGAGACUUUAUCGAUAACAAUACAUCUUUUGUGUUAUUACAUUGUGGAACAAACAAUCUUCAGCAGGGUGUGUGGAAUAAGGACAAACAUUCAUUUUUAAAGUUAUAUAUAUCUGUUAGUGAACGCUUCCCUAGAGCGAGAAUAAUUUUUAGUGCAAUAUUGCCCAGAUGGGAUCGUGAAGAUUUUUAUAUACAAUCGUUAUUCUACAAUCGAGAACUAUCAAAACUCGCCAAGAGCUGGUCCUGCAGAAUUUUUGAUGCUUCUGAUUUGUUUGUCAGGGAUGACUACUUAUAUGUUUUGGACGGCUUACAUCUGAAUUUUUGUGGGAAAUUUGAAUUGGCACAAAGACUAUGUACAUUUUUUGAUUUGGCGUCAAACCCGUCCCCUAAAUCCCAAAGUGCACCCUCAAGGAUCCCACCAGAAUUAACAAAACUUUUCACCGCUAAAAAACCCAAAAAAGAAUUACCCUGGACCGAAACUAAUUUAGAUUUGGUGGCUUACAAAAAAAGAGAGAAAUACGGAAAGUAUUACCCCCCAACAGCAAGGAAACCCAAGGCGGAGCCAUCCCAAGAAAGGAAAUCGCAAUGUAAACCAAUCUGCAUCACGUACAUCCCGUAUGUCGAGGUACUAAGGCCUCGCCCUCGACAUGGAUCCCACACUGAUGUUGCCCUCCCCAAAGCCACGUCGUGCUACGUGGCUCAUAAACAAAAGGCCAAGAGAAGAAAGCGGAGGAGGAGGAAGACUAAAAAGAGGAGACAGAGGAAAAAGGCAAAACAUGGCAGCCCAAUUGUUUAUCUGGAAGCAGCGUACAUCCCAGCUGAUCACCCACAAAAAGACCCCCCAGACGAGAAGGUAGUUCCUUUUCUAGCUGCACCAAUCAUGCCGACUGAUCACCCUCCAGACGAGAAGGUAGUUCCUUUUCCAGCAGCACGCAUCAUGCCGACUGAUCACCCUCCAGACGAGAAGGUAGUUCCUUUUCCAGCAGCAUGCAUCAUACCAGCUGAUCACCCUCCAGUCGAGAAGGUAGUUCCUUUUCCAGCAGCACGCAUCAUACCGACUGAUCACCCUCCAGACGAGAAGGUAGUUCCUUUUCCAGCAGCACGCAUCAUGCCGACUGAUCACCCUCCAGACGAGAAGGUAGUUCCUUUUCCAGCAGCACGCAUCAUUCCAGCUGAUCACCCUCCAGACGAGAAGGUAGUUCCUUUUCCAGCAGCACGCAUCAUGCCGACUGAUCACCCUCCAGACGAGAAGGUAGUUCCUUUUCCAGCAGCACGCAUCAUUCCAGCUGAUCACCCUCCAGACGAGAAGGUAGUUCCUUUUCCAGCAGCACGCAUCAUACCGACUGAUCGCCCUCCAGAUGAGAAGGUAGUUCCUUUUCCAGCAGCACGCAUCAUGCCGACUGAUCACCCUCCAGACGAGAAGGUAGUUCCUUUUCCAGCAGCACGCAUCAUUCCAGCUGAUCACCCUCCAGACGAGAAGGUAGUUCCUUUUCCAGCAGCACGCAUCAUGCCGACUGAUCACCCUCCAGACGAGAAGGUAGUUCCUUUUCCAGCAGCACGCAUCAUUCCAGCUGAUCACCCUCCAGACGAGAAGGUAGUUCCUUUUCCAGCAGCACGCAUCAUACCGACUGAUCGCCCUCCAGAUGAGAAGGUAGUUCCUUUUCCAGCAGCACGCAUCAUGCCGACUGAUCACCCUCCAGACGAGAAGGUAGUUCCUUUUCCAGCAGCAUGCAUCAUACCAGCUGAUCACCCUCCAGACGAGAAGGUAGUUCCUUUUAUAGCAGCAUGCAUCAUACCGACUGAUCACCCUCCAGACGAGAAGGUAGUUCCUUUUCCAGCAGCACGCAUCAUACCGACUGAUCACCCUCCAGACGAGAAGGUAGUUCCUUUUCCAGCAGCACGCAUCAUGCCGACUGAUCACCCUCCAGACGAGAAGGUAGUUCCUUUUCCAGCAGCACGCAUCAUGCCGACUGAUCACCCUCCAGACUACAGGAGAUCCAAGUCAUCCACCAUUGAAGUACAUGAGAGAGAUCACAAUAAGUGUCAUCGGACACCAUACACACAUGAGAGCGACAGUUUGUUGGGGUAAAGGUAAAGAAACCAUGUGGUAAGCAAGUUUGCGGACCAUGUGGUUUAUGUCAUCAAAUGAGAUUUAAAUACACCCAUUUAAGCUCAAUCAAGUCUAGAAACCUUAUUUCUGCUAUCAAAAGUAACUGCAAGCAUGUUAAUAAUACAACUUGUAUUUGCAAUGGAUGUCGCCUUAAAUAUUUCAAGAAGUUGUCAAAUCCGUUAUACACUCCUGAAAAGUCAAGAAAGAAGCAUCUAACUUCACCAUGUUUUUUAUCAACGUACUUAUCUUGCACAGCUUCAGCUGAGGUGGAAACUGAAUGCUCAUUAGAAGAUUUAAAUGAUAUUUUCUGUGUACAAGCUGAAAACAUUCCUAAAACCAUUAAUAUUUGUAAAGUACAUAGAAGUCAAAUUUCCAACUUUCAUAUUAAUAAGAGUGUCAAUUAUUGUGCUGUUUGUGGUUCUUCAUUGAAAGGCAAAAAAUAUUCCUCCACCAUUUUAGCUGAUGAUGGCUUGAAAAAAGUCACUGAAAUAAAUCAGAGCUUUCAGGCGAGUCCUAUGAAUUAUUUAUGUCCGUCUUGCUAUCGGUACUCAUUGAGGACAGGUAAAACAUCUCAAACCCUGGAGAAGUUAGAAAAUGAUUUAUGUAAUAUGACUUGCCCAGUUGAAGAGGAAGAAGAAGUCGGUAUCGAAAGUGCAAUUUCAAAAAGUUUAAAGGCCACAUACCUUCAUUUAUGUUCAGUAUUGAAAGACAGAUGUUCUUUCUUGCUAUCAUAUGCGUACGACUAUUAUUUACAAUCGUUAAGGAAAAUAUGUACAACUGAUCUUGACUACCACACAUCUGUGAAAACUAAAACUUGGCUUCAUACUAAAAUUGUGGACACAUUUAUUGAUAUAUUAUGUGUGCACAAUUCUGCAUGUAAGAAAGGUUGUUUUUUCUACCUGCAAAACCUUACUUUUAAUGAUUUAGUUGAUCAGUGGCACAAUUCUUGUUCAAAAGUUAGACUGCUACAGAAGAAAGUAGAGGAAUGCGAAUCUCAAGCUGAACCAUCUGUACCUCAUAACUCUGCUCAUGAUAUGUCUCUCCAAACACAAUUGAGCAAUGUUGUGUCUAAUUUUAAUACCAACCUCCGAGUCCAGGCUAAACAAAUAACUAGUCACUUUGUUUCAGAUCCCAUGCUUUUGAAUGAAUUUGAUUUUCAGUCUGUUGAAAAAAUGUUUAUUCCUUUUGUUUGGAACUGUGUAGUUCUGCUCACUGCAAGUGCAGAAGAAUUGAAUUAUUUUAGAAACACCACUGCUUUGGUUGAUGAGAAACCUAUUGUUUAUCCAACUGAUUCUACACCUGCUGGUGUAAGGAGGAAAAAGAAAAGGAUAGCUCUUGUGUUUGUAAUGCAAUUCAUUCUUAAUGAAGAACACAAUUACCCAUUUCAUGUAAUAACUGCUAAUGUUAUCAAACGUUUAUCACACUCGUCAAAGUUAUUGCAAAUAAUGAACAAGCUAGGAUUUUCCUGCUCUGAAGACACCUUGUCAAGAUUUUUGCAAAAGGUGCAAGACGUGCGAGAAGAGUCAGGACCCAUAUCACAUAUUAAUCAAUCGAUGUUGUCAUGUGUAUCUAUUGAUAAUAUUGAUGUGUUAUCUCCAUAUGCGGCAGUGGUAGCCGAUAAAUCUCGUAGUUGGCAUGGAACAUCUAUCAUGGCCCAGCAGCCAAAACCAGAAUCCGAGGCCUUAAAUUCAUGUGAAUAUUUGAACAAGGAAGUCACUAUUUCAAAUUCAUCAACAGUUCAGGAUGAUGAAAUCAUCCCUGUUGACAACUCACAGACAUCUGUUAAGAAACCAAACAUCCGUAGAAGAUUGCCAGUUUUGGAAGAUCUCAAAAUUCCAUCUAAGAGUGAUUUUGAUGUUCCUUUAUUCAAGACGUACAUUAGAGGUCAGUUGUCUGAAGAUAUCUUUUGUCUUACAGAUGAUGAAUGUCAGUCAGCCAAUGAGCUUUCAUUCGAAAUGGCUGUUUAUAUUGCACAAAGGUAUUCAUGUGUAACAGAGUGUGAAAAGUGUGUUAUUCCAAGUUUCAAGCUGAAACUUGCUUUAGAAGCUGAAACACUAACAGAAAAAUCUAAAUUUGCAUACUUGUAUGUUUUAGAUGAAAAGGCGGACUCACCUUCUACAAUGUUAAAGGCUUUAGGUAUCCUUUAUGAUACGUUUGGAAUCAACAAGACUACAAAUCAUUUGGUUGUUGCUGGAGAUGGGGCAACUGUUAAACUACUAUAUGAUUUAAAGAAAGAAUAUGGAGAGUCCCUUGAUUGGGUGAUUCCCUUUCUUGGGGACUGGCAUGUCCUGAAAAACUUCCAGGAAGUAUUGUUAAAAAUUUUCUGGGAUGCAGGGUUAAAGGACAUAGCCAAAUUGUCUCACAAGAGUUCAACACUUAACAGUCUUGGGUCUUGUUCUAACUUCAAGAGAACACAUAGGUUUCUGCUUCAAGUUUAUGAAGCUGUAUUCAUGUGUCUGUGGCAGUCAUUUUUUGACUAUCGGUCAGGUCAGGAAGAAUCUGUGUCAAAUAGCGAAUUCAAAAAAAAUGUAAAAGAUGUUGUUUCAAAAUUGAUUUUUGAAAAUGGUAAAUAUAAAGGAGUACCAGAAUUCAAAGAUGCACAGACAGAUUUCAAGACCGAAACAAUGAUCCCAUUUAUGGAGGAGUUUACAAAAUAUUGUAGUGAAAUGUCGCAGAAAUAUGAAACUUUCCGCUUCUGGCAUCGUUUCUUAUAUGAAGAUGUUCUUUGUUACAUAGAUUUGUGGAUAGCCAUAAGACAGGGAAAUUGGAAUUUGCGUAUGGCAGCUCUGAAGAAAAUGGCCCCGCUUUUCCAUGCAUUUGACCGUCACAAUUAUUCCAAAUUAAUCCCACUGCACAUUAGUAGUUUACUUGCCCUACCCCAAGAUGUUUUGGAACAUUUCAAAAGAGGAUGUUUUGUGUCCAGUAUAAAAGGUACCAACUUUGCUAAAGUAGGAUUUGAUGAAGGGCACGAGAUGUUGAUUAAUAAAGACUUCAAAAUAGCCUUCACACAUUCUCUUCCAAAACACAUGGAGCAGUUAGUAGGAACCAUGGAGUUUCAAGCUCAUUUGAUCCGUCUAUUUGAAGAACAAUUAGGCAUCCUAAAUGUAAAUGAAAAUGUCCACAGAGACUUACAGUGGUCUGUCAUUCAAUCAGAGUUUAAGAAUGUCAAGCUGUACUUUGAGAAUUUUUCUAAAACACAAAUGUUCCAGCCUCUGCAAGAAGCGAGCCUUUUCCAUGUUGUUUCAAAUGUUAAGGCAACUGCUGCACAGCAAAAAUGCCUUCUUUCAUAUAGGGAACUAGGAAAUGAUUCGUAUGAAUCAUACUGUAAAAUGCACAUACUGAAACAAACCUCUGUAAAGACACCUGUUCAGAGAAAAUUUCAACUGAAAACGUUUGCUAAAGAAAAAUUGAGAAAGAAGAAAGUAACGGAUCAAGAAAAGGAAAAUAAGUUGAUAACCCUUUGUUACAAAAGAACAAUGGCAUUUUCUCGGGAAACUAAGACACCCAUUUCAGAUUUAUGCCAGUACGCUGAAUAUCCUAGAGCUAUUUGUGACAAAGAUGGUUUACCACACAAAGGUGCUAAAUCAGUUGUGUAUGAUUUCUUUCGUAAAAGAUAUUCAGAAAGUUACGAGGUAGUUUCUCACUCAUAUCAAUUUGUGUCAGGUAUGUGUGUAAUAAUAGAGGGAAUGAACAUUAUAUACAGUUCCCCUUUGCACAGUUUGAAAACUUUCUUGGACUAUGCAAAGUUCUUAGUAGCGAGGUGGAUAUUGCCUUUCUUUAGAAAAGGUGCCCAUGAUGUGCGUGUACUAUUUGAUCAAGUUCGCACCCAAGGAGUGUCUCCCAAAGAUGUUGAACGUUCCAGGAGAGAUGGAAAAAAUGAAGAUUAUGAUGUAUUUGAUGCUCUUGAUGAUGAUGUACCACUCCCAAGACAGUGGAGUAAUUUCCUUAAAAUACGUCAAAAUAAGCACAGUUUGUGUCGUUUUUUAUCUAAGAAAUUCAUUGAGCUUGUAAAAUAUGAGGAUUUGCAAAAGGACCAGGUGUUCAUAACUUCUGGUGGAUUUCAUACAGGUUUGCAAACAUCUAGUACCUGGUCAGGAAUGUCCGUCAGUGAGCAUGGUAUUAACCAUCAUCAUUUGAUACAUAAUCAUGAAGAAUCAGAUACCCAAAUCUGGUUACACGUUUUCGACACUAAAUGUAAUAAUAUUCUAAUCUACUCGAUAGAUCGUGAUAUUGGAAUGAUAGCUUUACCUCUAGAUUUUGGUGCAAAGCAAGUGACGGUUCAAUAUCGUGCCAAGGUUGGGGAUGAAAAAUAUUUGAAUAUUGGGUCAUUACAAUCUGCCAUUGAUAAUGAUUCUGAUCUAGCCUGUUUCAAAGAUAAGGGCAUAAAUGCAAGGAAAUGCUUACAAGUUAUAUACAUUUCUUCAGGCUGUGACUUUGUGUCAUACUUCGCACAUCUUGGAAAGAGUUCAUUUUUAAAGACAUUUUUCCACAAUGCCCACUUUAUAUCAGGUGGUUACAGUAAUACAAUUGGACAUUUGUCACAAACUGAUAUAAAUGUUGACUCAGAAUUAGGUAUGUUAUCUUUUUAUCGACUUAUUCUAUGUGUAUACUUCCAAGCUAACCGAGCUUGCCUCCAUAAUUACAAUACAGUUGCUGAUGUCUAUAAUUCCAUUGAAUGUCCAGUUGGAUUAGAGCACCAUCAUAAGGCACUCGAUAUUGUUCGCAUGGCUUCAUGGAAGGGCGUUUAUGAGGAUGAAUUACUUCCUUCCAAUACUUCUCUUAAACUUCACUGGUUGCGAUCUUGUUGGGUUUCAACAGUUUGGGGGGAAGCUUGUACACCACAAUUUCAGUAUCCAAAUGUGACACUCUAUGGUUAUAAUGUUUCUAAUGAGGAUGGUACUGUCAAGGUAAGCAUCAUUUGGGAUACUGACGAAAAUAUAAAUCGCAUAAGAGACAAUGUAUUGUAUCUCACUCGAGGAUGUGCUUGCUCAAAGAGCAAAUGCAAGAAUAGGUUGUGCAAAUGUUUGAAGGCUGGCAAGAAAUGUGGCCCUGGGUGCCGAUGUAAGAAUUGUGAAAAUGUUGGUGGUAUACAGGUACAUGUAGAUACUCCAGAUGAUAAGGAAGAGGUUGAUGCUCAAUCGUCCGAGUCAGAUAUUGGUGACGAAGAUUAUAAUGAUGAGGGACAUGUCACGAGCUUUGAAGACGUUGAAAUCAAUCUUGAAACAGAUUAUACUUUCAGUGAAAAUGAACAUGAAAUAUAUGAUGUACUUGAGCUAGAAGAUGAAUACAUUGAAGUGGAUGAGGACAUUGAAGUGGAUGAGGACAUACAAAUGGAUGAAGGCAGUGAUUUUUAUACAUGUCUAGAUGACAGUUUAAUGUGAGGGACAAUGUCAGAUUUUAGAAACCAUUGCUGGUUUUCUCAAAUUUAUUCUUCUAAUCCAAGUUAUCAUGCAUAAUUUCAUUUUAUAUUGUGUAAGUCAGGAAUGUAAUGGUGUGGCAGGAUAUCUAGAUCUGUAAUGUAUACAUCAUCUCAUUCCAAUCUUUUAAUUACCACUGUAUGUGCAUACACAGCUGUGAAGUAAGCUAGAAGGCUCCACAGCUUUGAAGUCACACUUGGGAUACUUGUACGUAGUCCUUUCUUGUGAUACAUUUAACACUUUACUAGUGACUUUAUUGCGUAAGAUUUAGUACUUUAUAAAAAUGCUUGAAGUGUUUCUAACAUUUAAGCUUUUUAACAUUUGUACAUGGUACAACUCUGAAGGAAAAUUGUGAAAGUGGCAUGUGUACUUUUUACAUGUACAUUUCAAGUUACUUGCCAUAUUACGUUUAAAAUCACCUUGUCUUGCAAAUAUCUUAACUGUGAUAACACUUUUUAGGAGAAUUUUUUCUCUCUUAGAUUACAUGUUUCUUCUGAUCAAGCUAUUAUGUACUUGAUACAUGUAUGUAGAGCAUGGUCAUACUGGUCAUAUUUUCCCAUGCGUGUCGACACAUAGUACAAUUGGAUAGCAAUGCUUGUGCUUCAACUUAUAAUUCAUGUAUGAAUAACUCAUCUUGCCUUAGCAUUCAUCACUCAAACUAGCCUCAUAAUCCUUUCAUAUGAGCAAUGUUUACAUUCAGGGCAUAGGUCAUAUAUGUGAUUGUUUUAAGUAUAUAUUUUGUGCUCCACCUUGCAAACAGCUGAACAUUAUACCAAAGAUAUUGAAAUAUGUAUGGGUAUGUAUAAAGCAUAUUUUACAUCUGGGUAUUUGCUUAGGUUAGGAAAAAAGAUUUGUAGAGUUAAAUGUAAAUACAUUAUGUAGUAAUUUAAGAUGCAUCACUGGCCAAAAUGCAGAGAGUAUUCUUUGUACAUGAACAAUAAAGAUGUAAUUUUGUGAUCUAGUGUGUUGAUCAAUCAACUCAGGAUGAGAAGGUAUCUCACAUUUAUAACAUAAUACGUUUAACUUGCCAAUUGCCUUAUAUUGUUUUUAUACGUAAAUUUGAUAUAUAUCUUCAUGUUGAUCUUUCAUGGCAUAACUCUCAAUAUACAUGUGGAAAUACCUACAUGUAUAUCUACAAUUAAUAACCUGUGAGAAAAACACCUCUUCAUUUGUGUGUGCUAAAUGCAAGAUAUUCAUUGUAUGUUUAAUAUCAUACAUUGGUCUUUCAUUACAUAUAUUAUGUUUAAAUAGCAUAACAUUUAAUGUAAUAUCAAUGGAAGAGUGAACAUCUCCAGCUUGAGUAGAUCAUGUUUAUGUCUGCCAAUUUUUUAUAUUUGAAGAAGAAAAAAAGGACAGAUCUUUACACGUCUUGCCAUGACAAUGUCAUAUCGGCGCCAGUAUGCUUAACUAUUAAGGAAAAAAGCCUACCUUAAACAGAUAUUGUGCUAUGUCAGUUAUGUAAAUAAGUUCAAAGAGUUAUAUGAAAAAUAUUAAUAAAUGUUUUGAAAAAAAAUGGA